AUGGCGAUGCGGUUGAUUGCUCGGCACCAAUACCAUCGUGCGAGCUGGCAAAGAUGCCUACAAUUGAUCUCCCGCUCGCAAUCAACCGAUGCCCUCGGAAGCCACGAAGCGGGCCAAAGCUACAUUCACCACAUCGGUAGCAAACCGCUGGUCUACCGGAACGUGGGUCAACACCUCCGGCUGGCGGCUGAACGCUUCCCCAAUAAGGAAGCCAUCGUGUCCUGUCAUGAAGCCGGCGCAAGGCUCACCUUCAGUGCUGUCGUAGACAAGGUAGAUCGGCUGGCUGCAUCCUUCUAUCAGCUCGGGCUGCGACAGGGCGAUCGUGUCGGAAUCUGGGCGCCUAAUAGCAUGCUGUUUUACCUCACCAACAUGGCGGUGGCACGUGCCGGCAUGAUAUCGGUGGGCAUCAACCCAGCGUAUCAAGUGCCGGAGCUGGAGUACGCGCUGAGAAAGGUCGGAAUUAAGGCACUGGUGGCAGCCGAAGGAUACCGCCAGCAGAACUACUAUGGCAUGAUGUCGCACAUCACACCGGAACUGGCCUCUUCACGGCCGGGUGAGCUGAAGAGCAAAGCAUUACCGAACCUGUCGGCCGUCAUCAUCGACAGCAAGAAGAGUCUGCCUGGAGCGAUUAAAUUUGCGGAUCUCUUCGAGCUGCCAUCUGAGCGGGACAUCAGCCGGAUCGAGUUCCUGCAGCCGAAGAUACAACCGGAUAGUGGUGUCAACAUGCAGUUCACCUCCGGCACGACCGGUGAGCCAAAGGCAGCACUCAUGUCCCACUUUGGGUUCGUGAACAACGGCAUCCAUAUUGGCGUUCGGAACGAGCUGGAUCAGAAGGAGCACCGGAUGUGCGUGCAGGUGCCACUGUUCCACGCGUUUGGUAUGGUCAUUGCCAUGAUGGCUUCGAUUUCCCACGGAGCAACACUCGUGCUGCCAACGGCCGGUUUCAAAGCUGCAGAUUCGUUGGCCGCCAUCGUAAGAGAGAGAUGUACGAUCAUCCUGGGCACACCGACGAUGUACGUAGAUCUGGUCCGACGAGUUGUCGAGAGUGGCGCACACCUGGAGACACCGGAGAUAGCAGUAACCGGAGGCGCCACCUGCUCACCGAAACUAUUCUCCGACAUCAAGCAUGGGCUGGGAGUGCGCAAAGUGAAGACAGUUUUCGGUAUGACCGAAACGACGGCCGUCAUCUUCCAGUCCCUGUUCGAUGAGAGCCCUGAGGACGUACAGCAGACCGUCGGUCAUCUGACGGACCAUUACGAGGCGAAGGUAAUCGAUAAGGAUGGCCACGUGGUCCCACUCGGUACCGCUGGGGAGCUGUGCGUUCGCGGAUACAGCACCAUGCUUGGAUACUGGGACGAUCCACAGAAGACGAAAGACACGAUCGAUGCUGAUCGGUGGCUCAGGACAGGUGAUCAAUUUGUGUUGCGUGCGAACGGAUACGGCCAGAUCGUUGGCCGACUGAAGGAGGUGGUCAUACGUGGCGGGGAGAAUAUUUACCCCAAGGAGGUGGAGGAUUAUCUGAACACCUAUCCGAAGAUUCUGGAAGCGCAUUGCAUCGGUGUGCCGGAUGAGCGAACCGGCGAGGAACUGUGUGCGUACGUGCGAUUGAAGGACCCUUCGGAGACGAUCAACCGGGAGGAAAUAAAGCGGUACUGCGAGGGCAAGCUGGCCUACUACAAAGUGCCGAAGUUCGUGCGCAUUCUGAACGACCUCCCGAAGACGACCUCCGGGAAGGUGCAGAAAUUUAAGCUAGUUGAACUGUUCACAAACGAACGGAAACGUGACGACAAGGAAGGCAAAUAAACGGGUUUUGGUUUAAGUC